AUGUCAACGACUAGAAAAAUCGACAAGAAUAAGAAUUCCAUAACUUUGCAGACGGCAACAUCUCAUGAUUGUAAAGCUCAAAAAAGUGAGUUUUUAGACUUGAAGUGGAAUAAAAAAUGUCUAUAAAAAAAACUUCUGAAGUCCCAACCUCCUUGCAACAAAACCACGCUAAAACGAUUUUUUUGUCUUUUUCAAUCCGCUGUACAGAGAUUUGACUGUAUUUUGAUUACUGUCAUAACCUGCACGGACAUUUUCGUAUUUUAGAAACUCUCGCUGGAUGUUCUCAAGCUGAUCCCUUAAAUCCUCGGUUGAAUGAAUGGAUUGCGCAACAAGCAGCAUCGCCGAGUUCUUUUCCUUCUACAUGCAAGUUCAUAUUCCCUCAAUCCUUUGUAAAAAUGACUGUUUUUAGCAAACAAUUCCUCAACAACCGUCAUGUCGCAAACCGCAAACUCUUCUACGACAAGUGCAUGUUCAAGUGUGAAUGGAAAAGAGAGCAGUGGAAAAAGUGACACCACCGAUCUUACUAUUGAAAGUCUGGGAACUGUCAGAGGUUUGUCAUCAUAUUUAAGCUCAAAAUUUAGUGUUUAGGGCUUCAAAACGGAAGUGGAUAUUCAACUCAUUCUGGGGGAGGAGGAUUCCAAAGCCAGAACAAUUCCAAUAGCGCCAUAUUUGGCCAAAGAAAUUGGCUAGAAGAAGCCAAAACAGAUCGCUAUAAGUCAUCUGACUUUGCAAGUAGCUAUACCCCCUUUUCCAGGUCUACUUGGUCACCUUCAAGCAGUAGCCAUAGCAAUCAGAGCUUUAGUUACAGAGAUUCUUAUAGCAGUUUUAGUAGCCGGGCCGAUGGUGAUGUAUUUGACCAGAACAUGGCUAGUGACGAAGAUGAAACUAACAAAAUCGCAUCGCCGGACUUUGGAAGUACCAAUACGCUUACUGAAGAGCCUGUUGAAGUCUCUAGCCCUCCAAAUAACACAGUAAAUAACCGUGGAGGCUCUUCUUUUAGAGGCCAUUAUCGAAACAUCGGCAACCGGUUCUUUCACACUUCAUUUGGAGGCCAAAGUGAUGUCUCUACUAUCAAAAGCGACACUCCUCGGGCUUAUUCAGCUACAAUGAGCAGAUCAAGUGAGCCAACUCGGGGCGGCAGUUCUCAUCUUCGAGGCGGAAAAUUUGGAAGUUGUCAUGAACGUUGGCGUAAAGAAGAAGAGGAAAAACGUGAGGCUCAACUCAGAGGUAGGUGGUCAUCAAACCCGGUGACAAGAAGACCAAGAAAAAUAAGUAAUAUACGGAAUUAAGAACUUAGACAACAAACCCGGCGGCGCGAAAAUGAAAGGUUGUUCUUUGGUUAUGAUCGACGUUACACAAGAAGGCCUAGAAUAAAUGACGAGUGGCUUCGACGCCACAAUAUUUUCAGCAGCCGCAAGGACUUUGCAAGAAGAUAUAGCCGGCCCUCAACUUGCAACGAGACAAGGCGAGGAUUCAGAUCAAGGAGAAGUCGAAGUGAAAGUGGACUGCCUAGACGACGCAAUUCUUUCUCUGAUGAUGAGGCCGAAGCUUUCGAACCCGUUCCGGUAAGAGAGGGUAAAUUACAGCCAUGGCUGAAUUUUAUUAGGUUGAUGCAAAAGGAAUUGCGGAUUUUUUAAUUUAUUCGUAUUUUUUCAUAGGAUAGCUCAAUUCAAAAAUGGAAAAAGGUAUAUAGUAGUAAAUUUUAAGAGGAUUUUUCUGUAUAUGUGCUAUUCUUAUAAAAGUUAUCAAACGUUACCAUAAGUUACCACGAAAGUACCCUAAACAUGUUAGUAUAUUUUAAACCAAUUUUUUUACAUAUUGUUUUGCGGCUUUAUCCAUUUUCGAAAAUAUUUUGAUAAAAUACGUUAUAUUCUAUCAAAAAACAAAAAAAACCCCAUUUUUGGCAAAGCGUUAAAACGCUAUCCCAAAAAUUCAAGUUUCAGCAAAUUUUACAAAUCGUGUCAUAUCUUUUUUUUAGGAAGUCCAAAAUAAAAAAUUCUUUUUGCUUUCGAUUAGUAACAACAUUUUUAAGGCUUUCGUGAAAAAAAGACAUCAAAAUCUUGAAUUUUAUUUUUUGGUCAAAAAAUGUCAAAAAAUAAAUUUUUUUGAUUUUGAUGUUUUUUUGUCACAAAAAUCUUAAAAAUGUUGUUACUAAUCGAAAGCAAAAAGAAUUUUUUAUUUUGGACUUAUUAAAAAAAAGAUAUGACACGAUUUGUAAAAUUUGCUGAAAUUUGAAUUUCUGGGAUAGCGUUUUAACGCUUUGCCAAAAAUGGGGUUUUUUUUUGUUUUUUGAUAGAAUAUAACGUAUUUUAUCAAAAUAUUUUCGAAAAUGGAUAACGCCGCAAAACAAUAUGUAAAAAAAUUGGUUUAAAAUAUACUAACAUGUUUAGGGUACUUUCGUGGUAACUUAUGGUAACGUUUGAUAACUUUUAUAAGAAUAGCACAUAUACAGAAAAAUCCUCUUAAAAUUUACUACUAUAUACCUUUUUCCAUUUUUGAAUUGAGCUAUCCUAUGAAAAAAUACGAAUAAAUUAAAAAAUCCGCAAUUCCUUUUGCAUCAACCUAAUAUAUAAAAUUUAUCUUUGGUAUUGAGAUAAUUGAUAAGUAAUUCCUCGAUGUCUAACAGACAUGGCUCUCGUUUGAUUUUUAACAUUCAGAUAAUUUUAAUUCCCGCCUUUCCUGAGAAAAUUCAAGGAUUUCGGUCUUGGCGCGAAAACGAAAAACUGUUUUGCCGACGGGAAGGUUUCGCAAUUUUCUGGUUGUUUGUCGUUUUAUUGCAAAUAGUCUCUCAAGCUAUUUGUGUUGUGCUUGCGUAAAAUACUUUUUUGUGCAUUUGUUAUUUUGAUAUUUUUUAGAUGAAUAGGAGAACCCGGCCGUCAAGUGUCCUGAACUCCACCGAAAGCCAUUCGACGAAACAAACUUCCUCCCCCAAUUCAACUAUGCGGCCACCAACGACAAGAUUUAACGGCUUCAACACCAGCGACAGAUCAACUUCAACCACUCCAAAAAUCGACGAAGAAAGAAACAGCAACUUUGGCCCGCCGGAACCUCGCAUAUAUCCAACUCUAGGAGAGAAUAACGGUAAGUUUAGGUCUAUUUUUGAGAAUUCCUUGUUUUCAGUGGCCGAUCCCAGUUCUUCGACGGCCAGACGUUCCAAUUCUUCGACGGCCACACGCAUUCAUGAAUGGAUCUCAGAGCAAGAAGGCCUGCUGCAAAGUUCCCGCCGGUCCUCCUGUAAUUUUUCGGCCUUACCGCAUUCAACCCGCAAUUUUAGCGUCUUCACACUUCGGCCUCGCAAGUAUUCCCGAAAAACCGCGCAUGGCUUCAAACCUUCCCACACACGACCGUGUCGUCGAAUGCAAUGAGGACCAACGUCGCGUACCUAUUUUUCUGUCGGCCGGUUUUUCUAGAGGUGGUUCUCGUAUUGGGCACAGUACCCCUUCUGUAACUGCUGCAGGAAGCACCUGCUCAAGCAUUGUAAAUGGCAGUGGAAGGAGUGAAUCUACGGAAGUUACUGUGGAAAGCUUGGGCACAGUUAGGGGUGAGAGGUUUGAGAAUGUUAUAUUUCUUUGAAGGAAUUGGGGCCAGAGGAGCACGUGGACUCUCGCAGAACAUGUUCAGAGGAAGAGGAGGCUUUGGAUUUGGAGAUCGGCCAACUACAACUCGUCAAGACGAUUACAACAAUGGGUUUGGAGGGAACAAAGAGAAUGAAGCGGUUUAUCAUGGCAUUCGAGGUAACAGAAGGUCGUCCACAGCUCGCUUUCUGGGAGACGAGGGGAGGCACAGCUUCGGCGAACGGCCAACUGCAACUCGUCAAGACAAUUCCAACAAUGGGUUUGGAGGGUUUGGAUGGAACCAAGAGAAUGGAACGGUUUAUAACAGCGUUCGGGGCAACUUGAGGUCUCUCAGAGCUUGCUUUGCGGAGAACGAGGGAAGGCACAGCCCUCGUCGAGACAGGAGCCGCAACAAUGUAGAGCAUACUCGCAGGCCUCGACGAGCAUCGGUUUUCGACAAUCAACGAAGAGGAUUUCGCCAUAGAAGUCGAAGUGAAGGCUCGCUGCUUAGGGCUUCUGAAGAGUAUGAUGAUGAUUUUGGAAUUCUAAAUCUUGGUCCAGUAAGUGAGAACGACUUGUUAUGUUUAGGUACUGUCUUGGCCGAUUUAUUCCAGCCAUUUUCGAAAACUUCUUGGCUUUAGUUGAUUGUCGUCAUCUUUCAGCCGCCAGAUCAAGACAGAGUAUGCGACAACUGUAGAGAAAAUCAUCGUACAUUUGAGUGCCCAAUCAAAACUUGUUUUAAAUGCCGUUCCUUCAUUGAUAAUUGGCGAGUUUCCUACAAAAUUCAUCCAAAGCUUUGCGAUGAUCUGGUGAGGGGAUUUAUGCGUCCAGACUUUGAGCCAAGAAAGAACAAGUUCUACUUUGAGAACAAGCAUCAGUUGUACCAGGAGUUGUCUCCGGAAAUGAUGAGAAUGUUCUAUGAGCUUCUUGAAGGUUUGACGCCAGCGAAUGAGUAUGGGUUUGGGGUGCGCUUCCACGAAAAAAUCUUACGCAAUAUCGAAGUAUUUGGAAAUUUUGGUGGAAGAUCAUUGGUCUUGGCUCACGAUCUUCUUUGGAGAAAGCUCAGUGCAACCGAAGCCUUCGAAUUUGAGCUAUUUGAUCUGAGAAUCGAGCCUGCUAGAGUUAACAUUAACAUUGGUAGCUCCAACUUUCGGCCAUUUGAUUUGACUUUCAAUAUCAGAGAUAAAGGGGAGAACAAGGAGCUGAACAGUGAGCAGUCCUAUCUGAGAAGUAAGGUUGACACCGAAAUUAUUGUUUUUUUUUGUUUUAGGAGAACUAAAUCACAAUGGGGUUUACGGAUUCCCGAUCAUCAUUUGCAUAAGGGAGGAAUCGACCAGUAUUCAAGAUCAUGAGUUCGAUGCUGAUUGGCCAGACGAUUUGCCCAGAAAGAAGGUGUCGAUGAUCAGACUGAACGCCACGGCCUAUCGAUGUCAACCUCCGAGUACAUCAGAAUAUUGUAGUAAGUUUGCGUUGAUUUAUUUUUUGAGAGAAGACUUGACUCAACGGGUUAUUUUUGGGUCAAGUUUUUCUCUCGAGUUUAUAAACAUGUUUUCAAACAUUUUUUUUGCGAAAAUCAUCAAAUGAACAGCUUUUUUUACAUUGCGAUUUGAAAGGAAGACUUGACUCAAAAAAUUACUCUAUGAGUCAACUGUUUCUUUCGCUUAUAAAUGGAUCUAAUUCGAUAGUUUUGUCUAUUGCCAACUUAUUUAUUUUACCUUCAGCCUUGACCAUUGACCCAUUGAAAGAUCUCCGGCCCUUCCUCAACUAUGGAUACGUGCCUAAAGGCAAGAUCUUCCUCGCUUUCAACCAUCGUGCCAAUCGAAUGCGCGAGGAGACGAAAAAAAUGAGAGACUUUAUUGACUCCCCCAACGACCGAGAGACAUUCCCAAAGAAUCUGAAGGAGAUGGUCAGCAACUUUUACAAUCCCAAGAUUGAAGAUCAGAAAAUCUUCUCUGAUGUGAAACGAAAUGACCUCGAAAAGUUCAACGAUCUUCUGCCAAAGCCUUAUCGGUUGAUGCCAGAGCAAAUGGGGCAUGCCAUCAAUGCCUAUGAGUACGAAAUGCAUGCAAUUUUGGUGAGUUCUUUAAAAAUUGGGAUCUGAAAAUGAUGUCAGGCAUCAUGAAAGGGAAUUUUCCACACUCUUAGCACUCUGAUUUUUGACAUUUAUCCAUCUUCAGGGUCCAUCUGAUCAUACCUUUCAAAAAUUUUCUCCGAAAAAAUUGAUUUUUUGCCAAUUUUUGGCUUUAAAAUUUCGCAAGUUUCUGCAAAGCGCGGGUUAAAAAUUUCGCAAAUUUAUUCGAAAAUUGUUGUCUGAUAUUGUCUCAGGUAUCAUGAAAGGCAAUUUUCCACACCUUAGCACUUUGAUUUUUGACAUUUCCCACCUAAUCUUACCUUAUCCAUCUUCAGGGUCCCUCUGGAACAGGAAAAACGACGAUUUUUUGUUUCCUCGCCAUCUACAACUGGUUCGCCCUUCGCCGAAAAACCCUUCUCUUGACCACGCGUCGCGGCGCAGCCAAUGAAAUCACCCUGCGGAUCGUUCGAAUGUCCAAAUUCCUCCUCGAACUCCCGCAAUUCAGACAUCUGAACAACGAGCGACAAUACAUCUGGUAUAAGUUGGAGAAGGACUCGGCAAUGGAGCCGAGAGACCCCGAGAUUGAAGAGGUUUGUUCGUUCAGCCACGAGGUCCCGGAGCAAAUCACAAUGCUCGUCGCGAUCCACAAUUUCCUCACGGCCGACGUUGUUCUUCAGUUCAAAGCCGAUUCCGUCCUCUUGGAUGAGGCCUCGUCCGUGUCCACGCUCAACUUUUACACCCAUCUGGUCAUGUUGAAUGAGAAGAAACGCCAUGUUCCACAACAUAUGAGCAUUUUUGGUAAGAUGUUGGGGUCUAAUUAUAUUACACAUGAGAUUGAUGGAAUUAAAAUGUAAAAAUUGAUGUUUCAGGUGAUCAGUUUCAAUUGAACGCGCGAUUUUCGAAAGAGCCCUUCCUUACCGACGGCGAUGAGAUGCGUUCCGGGUACGAUGAAUCGGCUUUGGUCCAGCUUUUGAAGUGCAACUUACCGUCUACUCAGAUGAAACAGAUUGUCAGAACUCCGAAAGCAUUGUGCAAAAUUAUCCAGCCUUUCUAGUGAGUUGGUUUUAGUAUUUUUUAUUCCUGUUUUUAGGGGUUAAUUAUGAAAGUUGAAAAAUUUUGAAUAUUUAAAUUUUUGAAAAUUUGUAUAAAUUAAAAAAAUGUUAUUAGAAUUUUUUGUUUGUUUUGUAACGAAGAUUUUAAUUUGACCUUGAUUAUGCAAAGCAAAUUUUUUAAAUAUUCAAAUUUUUGUUUUUGAAAAAUUUGCAUAAUUUAUUUAAAAUUUUAAAAAUUUGCGAAAUUUUUUUUUACAAGGUCUUUUUUCAUUAUUUUUUUAAAAUUAUGUAAUUUAUUUUUUUGGUUAUGCAAAUUUAUUUUUAAAAUUUUUAAAAAUUUUUUCAUAUUUCAGUGAUUUUACCCUCCACACCGCACUCUGCCCCCCUGACCGUCCUCUCCUCCUUGACUUUGCCGGCUGUUUCAAUCUCAUCAGUGAUCUUCUGAAGAUCGAAAAGCGCCAAUUCGUCUCAUUGUUCAUCAAUUUGCCCCGAACAGAUCCCCAAAAACACCAUUUUUGUGAUGCUGAUGAUCACAAAUGUCCGCGCCGCCUUCAUCAUGGAUCAUCUCAUGAAGUAACGGACCGGAGGUUGUGUCUGACAAAUCGCCGCAACGUUUUCUACGCCUCCCACAUUUUCAACGCCAUUCUGAAGAAUAAUCCGGACAUUUCCAGCGAGGAUUGCUUGUAUUUGACUCCGUACCGGGGUAGGUUGAGGGGGAUUGGAACGGAUUUUUUGAUGGAAUUUUUUGGGGUUUUUUGGCAAAAAAAAUUUUUUUUUGUAAAAAGUUUUUUUGGGAAUAAAAAUUUUUGAAUUUUUUGAAAUUCCAAUGGGUGGAACUAAAAUACGACCGUUCUUUUUUAAUCUUUAGCAUGAAAAAAAUAAAAUUUUUUGCCAAAAAAUGGCUCAAAAAUAUUAAUUUUGGGGAUUUUUGUAUUUUUUUUUACUGACAAACCUUAUAAUAGACAAGGUUCAGGUCAAAAAAUAAGUUUGCUGUCGUCUGUUUAUAGUUAGGAUAACAUUUUUCUCAUUUAAAAAACUAGAUUUUGCACGAAAAAAGUUCUCAAAAAUAAUUUUUCCCUAUUUUUUCAAAUUCGUCCCCAAAAUUAUGCAAAUUCCAGUCCAAGAGUCCGAAUUCUACCAUCGUCGCACCAAACCCGGCGCCACGGGCGCCAUCCGCGGCCAGACAGUCGACCGCGCCAUCUCCACCGACGCUCCUUUUGUGCUCCUUGACUUGGUUCGCACCGGCCCCUAUGGAUUUAUGAACGGGCAUGCCGAGGAAUGGCCAGCCUAUGACACGGCCAAAAGACUGUUGGUCUCGCUGAGUCGUGCCACUCGCGCUCAGAUCAUCAUCGGAAGCGUGGACUUGUUCCAUGUCAAGAAUCUUGCCUCCCGUCCCAUCGACAGGCUGGCCAAAUACCAUCUCAAAUCGCGAGAUCCACUGGUUUCUCUUAUUGAAUUGGGCCGUUCCAGUGAUUCCAAAGGAAAUUUUGAUAAAUAUAUUUAA